AUGAUCCCUCCGAAAGGAGGCUGCUACAACCUGCUCUGGGCCGCUGCAGGCGAUAAAGAGGCCAUCAUUAACGGCGAAUUGGUUGGUGGUUCGGUGUCGGGGUUUGGGGAGGAUGAGUCGCUGGCGGAGCUGGAGGAUGAGGAGCUUCCGGAGUUCGGAGAGGAAUCGCUUCCAGAAUUCGAGGAGGAAUCGCUUUCAGAGCUCGAGGAGGAAUCACUUCCUGAGCUGGACGAUGAAUCGCUUCCAGAGCUUGAUGAUGUUCCACUGCCAGAGGAUGACGACGACUCGCUUCCUGAGCUUGAUGACGAUCCAUCACCGGAUGAAGAAGAGGAAUCGCUUCCAGAACUUGACGACGAACCACUUCCAGAACUUGCCGACGAAUUACUUGCAGCGCUUGACGAGGAUCCACCACCAGAAGACGACGAUGAAGCGCCACCCGAGCUCGACGACGCGCUCCCAGAGCUUGCCGACGAGCUCGAUGCUGCACUCGACGAGCCAUCCAAAUUCCCCAACGCCGACCCAUACGACCUAUCAUCCAACGCCGAGCAAUCCGGCAACAACUGCGCCAACCCAACCACCACCCCAGGCCCCACCGCCCCAAAAAACAGCUCCCCCGUAUUGACCGGAUGCGCCUCCGUCUGGUCACAAUACCCGGCAUCCGUGCACUGGUCGUUGAUCUUCACCACCACGCUUGUUCCCACGGAGAGCCCGUUGGAAGGGUACCAGUCGCUUUGGGGCGUGAUGUGCCAGCAUUGGCCGCAGCCUUUGCCAACGCCUGAGACUAUACUGGCGGCGCCGCAGUCGACGGUGUCGUCGCCAAGAUUGUCGCAGCCGGCGUAG